GUAGAUAUAGGUGACCGGUUGGAAUUGUUGGCGCACGUUGGAACUGGUGGAAGGCGCAUAUUCCAACCAAUAUUUAUCGUGGACAGUUCACAGUUGUCAAAAUUAUUGGAAAAAAAAACAUCAAAAUUUACAAGAUGAAUAAGGUUUUUUUCUUGUGCGCGUUAACGAGUUUAAUUUCUGUGGCUUUCGCCGAGACCUGUCAAAAACCUGAGAUCGUCGCAUCGUCAUAUGUGACAGAAGACGCGACAGUCCUCACGAAUGUCGCUUUUACCAUGCAGUUCGUAUUGAAAUGCAACAACGGCGUAAAGGGAAUUAGUUUAUAUGCUGAAGUCGAGGGCAAGACGUUGCCAGCAGUCAGACUGAGUGCCGACAAUAAAUAUCAGAUAUCCUGGACAGAAGAUAUCAAGAAAGCAAGGUCUGGUGAUUAUUACAUAAAACUAUAUGACGAGGAAAAGUAUGUGGCUGUUCGUAAAGCAAUUAGGAAUGGAGAAGAUCCUAAUAGCGUGAAUCCUUUGGCAGUAGUUGUUCUAAAUAAUCCAGGAAUUUUCCUUGGUCCUUGGGUAAAUUCUGAAUUUUUAGCCGCCUUCUUAGCUAUUCUUGUAUCCUAUUCGGCAUUUUCGGCAAAAUACAAACUUCUAGCGUAG